CUUAUCUGCUCAUAGUCAGAAGACUGAUUGCACGAUGCGCUCUUGGAAAAAAAAAAGCUUCUAAUAUAAUUCCAUUAAUAUAUUUAGAAAUUCCUAUUAUGUUCAUUAGCGUCUGCUUUAACUGAAUUAUAUUUACUUAAUGAUUAUAAGCAAUAUGAAACGGUCAAUAAUGUUAUUUUUUUCUUUGCAUGUUUUUAUUAAAUGCGCAGAAAGAUGAGACGACAGAUUAUCACAGAUUAAGACUUUUCUUCCUGGCAGCUUAUCGAAAUAUGGAAUUACAACAGUUGUUACCCAGUCUUCAAAGAUUUUACCCUCAAACCAGCCCGACGAAGAUCUGUUAUAUCGCGCACCGUUAGGUCCGUUCUUUACCCAUGUGUCAUAUAAGUGCUGAGCUUUGUAUACAACGUAUGGAGGUAGUAGUGCUCCUCCAGCUGUUCCGGCCAUCAUUAAAGAUGUGGAAGCUUUUGAAUGAUUCAUUACUCUCUUAGGGUAUUUGGUGCCACGUUUCAUUAAAACUUUUUUUUGACCCGGGUCAUCACACAAAUUGGUUUCAUCGUAGUUUAAGAUGUGGGUAGGUGGUACCCCAUCCAAACUUUUUUGUAAUUCUGAAUAGUAUUUCUUAAUAGUAUCGGGUGACACUGCUGCCCUACUUCUUUUUAUAUUUUGACAAAUUCGUUUUGCAAUUUUAUCCGAGUGUCUCCUGAGGAAACCUUCCACAAAGUCCGGCCCAGGAAAAUUAUUCUUAAACCGCUUAUGCUGGACGCCUAGUUUGUCAAGAUACAUUUUAACAAUAUAUCGCAGAUCCAAUGUAUUCAAAGGAUACCCCCAUUCGGCGCAUGCAUUUAUAUUGCUAAUCAGAUAUUCUUCGUCGGCUUCUGUCAAAGCGGUCUGACCGCCGUGAGGUUUCAUUACUCUUUUGCUGUGACGGUACAGCACGGAAAUAUGUAUAUUGUAUUUUUAAGCUAUCAGCUUUAAUUUUGCACCUGGCAAAGCCAAUUCCUCCACUGCCUGGCAUAAUAUUGUUGGAUCAUAUUUUUUGUACCGUUUUUUCGUUGGAUCUGGCUGAUAUCUUCGCGGCAUGAUGCAACCUAAAACACGAAAUAAAAUCACUAAGACAGCAGACGCAACCCUAGCAUAACGAAAUCGAUUAACCCCAUACGUAAUUCUUUUCACCCCAUUACUAUUUCUAUUCCCCCCCGUGCAGAUUUCUAUUGACCCCUUUUUAAUUCCUAUUGAUCCCUUUUUGUAGCCAAAUAUACUUGUCACGGAAUUCCUAUGAUUUUAUUAAUAUAAAUAACAUAAAAUACAAUAUUUUAAUGUAAACUAGUAAGAAUGUUGUACUUACGGUCAGCAUGGAGCAACAGAACUUACAAAAUCACAGUAUUAAUAAUUAAAACUUUAAAGUUUUGAGGACCCUUAACUUGUCUGUUUCCGAACUUCAACUUUAACCGUUAUUUCAUACCUUAUUAACCUUAAAAUGACAUUCAAAUCAUUUGUCUAUGGUAAAAAGAAAAAAAGACUAGUAUUGCCAAAGUAAAAAAAAACAAUUCUAUAAAAAUAUAUUGAAGCCUCACUGUGUGACAGUUGCCUAAACUUAUUCCGUUUUUUUUUCUAUUCACCCCGCGAUUUCUAUUCACCCCAUAUUACGGUACACGUCUUACAAAUUUUUUUUGAAGGGGUCUACCCAUAAGAUUCAAUACUGUCAAAUUUUACAAUAUGUCAAAUUAUUUUUUUUCCAUCUAAAUCUUAUAUGUCACUGUGUCAGUGCAAUAGAUAAUUAAAUGACAAUUGACAAACAACAAAUUACUUGUAUAAUCCGGCGAGCGUAGAUGCUUAUUUAAUUUUCAAUUUUUGGCUACUUAUCAACAUUGUUUUGCACUUUCUAUUCAAUGCCUAAUUUCAUAAAAAAAGAUUCUUACGCUUUCAUUGAUACCUUAUUUAAAAGUUCUGGGGUAAUAUAUCAGAAGAAUGCAUAAACUAAAGUGUUGUAGAGUCUGCUUAAACACUAAGAAUCUUCAUCUGAUCUUUACAUAUCCUGAACACAAUGAAAAAUAUACCAAUAUUCUAUUAAAUGUCGCAGGAAUUCAGAUCAAAAUGAAUGAUGAAUUGUCACAAGAAAUAUGUUCCAAUUGCAUAAAGUUCAUUAAUGAAUCCAUUCAAUUUAGACAAAAUUCUGAAGAUGCACAGAACAUUCUUAGAAACUUCAAAAUAAAUGAUCCAAUACCUCAACCCCUUGUUCUUAAUUCAGAAGAGGAUACUACAAUCAACAUAGCUCAUACAAAUGUUGAUUUUAAUGAUUUUGAUGAUAAUGUUACAUUAGAUAUAUUAAGAGUUGAAAACAUUCAAUCUGAAUCAGAUAAAUCACCAAUAGAAAAUAUGGAGCCCUUGGAAACAGUGAAACAAAGUACAGCUCGGAAGAAAAAUGUGAGGAAUAUAAAAAUUUCAGUAAAAGAGGGAAAUCACAAAAACAAAGAUACCCGUGAAGAAAUAGAAUGUGAAUAUUGCCAUAAGAUAUUAACAUCUAAAUUGUCACUUAGAAACCAUUAUAAAAUACACACAGGCUUUGACGUUGUGUGUGAGCACUGUGGGAAAAAAUUUAUUACCCGGCGUUUGCUUCUGAUGCACUGUCGAGCUAAGCAUGGAUAUGAGAAAACAGAUAAAUGCUCAUAUUGUGACUAUAAGGCAUCCAAUGCAGAACAGGUUAAAAUUCACGAGAGGCUACAUACAGGUGAAAAACCUUAUGUUUGUAAGGAGUGUAAUGCUGGAUUCCAUAGAAAAAGUAGUUAUUUACAACAUAUAGCUAUACAUCUACCAGAAAAGACUGUUCAGUGUGACCAGUGUCCAGCUCGUUUUAAAUCUGUAACCCUAAUGCGUAUACACAAAAACAGACACAGAGCACCACAAUACAGAUAUAAGUGUGGUGUAUGUGAUAAUAGCUUCGCAAGACGAAGGAAUGCCGCUAGACAUUUGCAAAGAGUGCACGGUGUCCCACCUGAUCAUCAUAUACAUAGACAUAAUAUACAUUGACAUACUUUUAGUAUUAACUAUGCGAUGAAAUAAUUAUGACAGACAAGAGAAAAAGUAUCUGUUGUUGUGCAUUUAAAUCAUCACUAGUUGGUCUAUGUUGACAAAUAACAUUAGAUCAUAUAGGGAAGGUAAUCUUUUAAAGGUUACCAUGAUAUCUAAAGAGAAUGAUCAAAGAAUCAACAGUCAAAGAUCCACUCUUUCACAACAUCAAUGUCAUAGUCUUUGUGGACGAUUUUGAUCUAAAUAGAGAAAUAAAAACAAUUGGACGCAUAGGUAAAAGGUACAGCUUCUGAGAUGUACACAUCCCUAAUGCAGAAUGAAAAAAAUUCUAUAUUCAAAUAAAUAUAAGUAAAAAGAAAUUAUAUAACUUGUAAGAUAAUGCAGUAUUAUAGUUAAGCUGAUUGUUUAUUAAUUUAAGUUCUGUUAUAUACGAAAUAAACUAUUUUUUUGA